AUGCAGCGAAUAGAAUAAAAGCAAUAACAAGACCCUUAGCAAUAACAAUAAAAAUUAGAAAUGAUUAAAAAAGAACUUUAAAAGUAUAGAGAGCUCAAGAAAAGUCCAUCUUUAAGCUCUCAUUUAUCUGCUAAGUAGCUUUAAAAAUGCUCUGAUACUGAAAAACGUAAAUAAAUAUUAAACUACAUCAACAGUACUCAGUUGGAAUAGGAUAAUAUGAACAUAUCUUAAACAAAUUGUCCUCAGACUUCUAGGAAUUUUUAAGAGAACUAAAGCAUGUUAAAUUAAAAAAGAGAAGGCUAAAAUGAUUUUGUAUAAAAAAAUCCUUCUAACAAGUUUUUCUAAUCAAUUAAAAACAGGGAAAACUAGGAAAGGUUUAAUUUAGAUUUUAUGUAAAAAGAUAGCCGCCAUAUUUCAAAUGAAAAUCAGAAAAAUUCUUCUUCUAAUAACACCAAAAGUAAUUCUAUCAGCAUAAAUCCUAAUAAGGAGAUUUUCAGAGAAAUAACUUUAGCAGAUGUAUAGAAUUUUGAAAUGGAAAACUAGCAAGUUUGUUUUAAUUAAGAUAACAAUUAUGGAGGAAGAGAUACUAACAGACACAACAAAUUGAAUUUUUUAGUUAGCAACGAGCAAUAGUAAUUGAAUCCAAAGUAUCCUUAAGAAUAAAGAAAUAUGAUCAAUAAUUCUUAAAAUGGUCGCGUAAAUGAUAAUCUGCAAGAUUUAGAUGAUGAAGAUGUGUACUAACAAAUUACAUUUGAAGAUUUAAGAGUAAAGCACUAAGGAAUUUAUAAUUUUAAAGAUUUAAACGGAUAAAAUAAUAUUUAAGAAAAUAAUUAAAAAAAUAAUAAAAAUUUAAGUUUAAAUAACUUAGAAGAAAAUCACCAUUAAUCUUCCUGGGCUUCUACUCUUCCUUCGAACAGAAAUGAAUAUGAAAAAAAUUAGUAGUUAAAUCAAUAGAACUUAAUUCAUAAAAGUUAAUUACACAACUUUAUGACAUCUUAAAAUACUUUAGCAAGCUAAAUGAGUUAAAAACUCCACAGUAUUGGGAGCGGAAGACUCAACUAAUCAAAUUUAUCUUCCGACUAGUAAAUACCUACACUAAAAGACUGUGCUUCAACUUCUACUAACUCAAAGCCUUAGUGUUCUAGUAACUAAACUUUAUCAUCAAAAGGAGGAUAAUUCAAUUCGAAAAGCUCUUAAGGAUAUCUUGAGUAUGUAAUGCCAAGAAAUUUGAAUAUCCGCCCUGAAUCAUUAGAAGAUAUUUCAAAAAUUAGCUUAUUUUAAAGAAAUCCUUUAGAAGAAAAAGAAUCAUAAAAAAGCAUAUAAAAUAUUAUUGUAAAUAAUACCUAAUAAAAAAAGAAUAUCUAUCAUAAUCCAUUAUAAAAGACAAACUAGUUAUAAUUAAAUAACUAACUCACAAAGUAAACUGCAAAAGUUUUAUCCUUAAACACUUCUAAAAUAUCACCCCCUGUAUCACCUAAAACUAAGGUUGGUUAAGAUCUUGCUAAUAAAACUAUGUUUUAAUCUGACACUAAAAAACUAAAAAUGUCAGCUUCUCUUUCACCAAAUUCUAAAUCAAAAUAACCUAUAAAAACAACAAGUAACUUAAAUAAAGAAAACAACUUAAAAUAAAAUUCUGAAUAGCAAGGGUAAAAAGAAGAUUUACAGUUUCAAGCUAAAUACAGCAAGCUGAAUUAAAUAAUUUAGUAAAAAGCUAGCACCACAAAAUGUAUAUCGUCACACUAACAAUAGCCAUACUUUAAAUCAAUAAAAGGUAGACAUGAUAAGACUUCAGCUAUACCUAAAGAAUUAAGUAAAACAAAUACAUCAAAUCUUAAAAUAAAUAUCCCAACCUCUAUACCACAGGAGAAGUCAAAGUAAACUUAAAGCACAUUAAAAAGUACCCCUUAAAAAUAAUCAUAAAAUUAAGAUAAAUAAUAACAAGUACCAUAAUUAUCUCAAAUCAAAGAAGAAGUUUAAUUAUAAGAAAAAUAAAAUUUCAUUAUUAAAAAAUUAACUGAAGAGCAAUUUCGUUGGAAAGAAAUAGGAUCCUAAAUGGUUUUGGCAUAUGAAGAAUUAAAUUAAAAUUUUAAAUUGUUGGUUAAACAAAAAAAGCAGUAAGAUAAAAUGCUUUAAUAGUUAGUUGAAAGCUUAUCUUAAUAAGAAAACUAAUAAAAUAAAUAAUUAAAUUUAUCUCUUGGAAUAAAUGAAAACGAAUCGAUUGCUAAGUUAUCUCAUAGAGAUGGUGACAAUAACAAAUAAUCAAAAAAUAAGGAUAUUAUUGAUAACUAAGUAUAAGAAUUAAUAUCCUCAAUAUAAAGUAAAUUAUUCAGUAAAUUUGAUAACGAAGAUAGUUAGCAAAUUCAAAAUUUAUUAAAUUAAUUUAAAUCAACUAUAAAAUAAAACUAUGAGCUGAAGAAAAACUAAAAGGAUAUACAAAAUAUUGUGAACCUUUAAAUAAAAGAAUCUUCCUCUUUGGCUGACUAAAUAAUUCAUCUAAGAACUCAGUUAGAUAAAGCUUGCAUUUCUAUGAUGAAAAAUUAAAAAGAAUCAAACUGCCAAUUUUCAUCAAUGAUGCAAAUGCUUUAUUCAAGCAAGGACAAUUAAAUUUUAAAUUAAAAUAACUCAACUAUAUUUUAAUAGCAAGAAAGCUUCAAUCCUAAUUUAGCUUCCUCAAUAAUAAACUAAUUAAAUUUGCAUGAAAAUCAUUUAGUUGGAUCAGGAAUAAGUCCCAUUAAUUCUAUUUGUAGUUUCAAUAAUUAAAAUUCAAUAAAUAAAAAUAUUUAAUUAUUGCCAAAUUCAUUUAACUCUUCCACUAAUUUCAAGGACUAAAAUUCAGAAAAUAUCUUCCAUAAUCAAGACUAAUAGCUGUAUUUAAAUAAAGCACAGUCCUAAAUUAGAUUCAGCGAUUACAAAGAUACCUCAUACUUCAAAUAAUAGGAAAUGAUUGAAGACCAUAAAUACUCUCCAAUUUUAAGUUAGUUAAAUGACUGUGGUUAUCUCUAGAAUGAAUCCUUCUAAAUUGCCAGUCCUAUAAGAAACGAUAUAGUACCAUUUUUCGGAGAAAUGGAAAGCAAACACAUACUUAAUUCAGAAGAAAAUGAAGAAAUAUAAUUUUAAGCUGAGUGCAAUUGA